AUGCCAGACAAGCGGGUGAUCUUUCAGGGCUUAGCGGACACUGGCCCAUCCACCCGAAGUGGCGAAGCGGCUCGGCAUCCUGUCGAGCGGCUGCUCAUUGACCACAGCCGCAGGGAGCAGCAGGAGGAGAUGAGGAACAAAGCUCUGGUAUUCGGCCAACAUGCUCCACUGAAAGCCAAGAUGGAGCGCGAGCUGCUGUCACAGUUCCAGCGCUUGCCUGGCUUACCCUCCUCUUUGGUGGGACUGGAGACUGUCAUGGACAUGGAAGACACAAUCGAAUUCGAGGACAUCAUGAACCUAGAGGCCAACUCAGCACUGUCGCGCUUCACAGGUCCGAACAGGGGGCUUCAUGACAUCAUGGAGCAGCGCCUCAAUAUGCGAUUCUGA